AUGGAGUUCGGAGCGGAGCGGCUGGCCCGGGAGGAGGUGGGCAGGGCGUGCAGCCGGGUGCACCGGCCCGGCUGGCGGCGGGAGGAGACAGGCGGCUGGGCGCGGGCGGAGCGCCGGGCGGUGGCCGGUGAGCGCCCGCGGGACUGCGCCCAAGGACGCGCGGGCGAGGCCGGGGACCUGCGGGGCGCCGAGCAGGCGGAGCGGGCGGAGCGGGACGGGCAGCGCGGAUGCUGCAGGACGGGGACGAGCGGGGCGGGAGCCUGGACGUCCUGGACGGGCACGGACGGACCCGAGCCCCAACUCGCUCCCGUCCUCGGGGAGGGCUCCCCAGGGGCGCCCACCCGCGAUGUCCUGCUGGUGUCCGCCAUCAUCACCGUCAGCCUUAGCGUCACAGUCGUUCUGUGCGGCCUCUGCCACUGGUGUCAGCGCAAACUGGGCAAACGCUACAAGAACUCCUUGGAGACCGUGGGCACGCCAGACUCAGGGCGUGGGCGCAGUGAGAAGAAGGCCAUCAACGACCUAGACAGAGACUUUUGGAAUAACAAUGACAGCACAGUGCAGCAGAAAUGGAGCUCCUACCCUCCCAAGGAGUUUAUUCUAAACAUUUCACCCUACGCCCCUUAUGGCGACCCACGACUGUCCCUCAAUGGCACCCUCCUGUCGGGCGCCAAAGUGGCCGCCGCGGCGGGGCUGGCCGUGGAGCGGGAAGGCCGGCUGGGGGAGAAGCCGGCGCCGGCGCCGCCACCGGGAGAGGACGCCUUGAGAAGCGGCGAGCCGGGCAGCGGCGGCAAGGCGGGGAGAGGCCGCUGGCGGAUGGUGCAGAGCCACCUGGCCGCAGGGAAGCUCAACUUGUCCAAUUUCGAGGACUCCACCCUGUCCACGGCCACUACCCUUGAGUCUAUCCCCAGCUCCACGGGAGAGCCGAAAUGCCAGCGACCCCGCACCCUGACGCGGCAGCAGAGCCUGCAACAGCCCCUGAGCCAGCACCAGCGGGGCCGGCCGCCCAGCCAGCCCACCACCAGCCAGAGCCUGGGCCAGCUGCAGGCCCACGUGGCCGCGGCGCCCGGCACCAACCCCCGCGCCCACAGCCGUGGCCCAGCCCGGCAGGCCGCUUCAGCCGGCUCCAAGUACCGGGCCACUGGGGGCCGCAGCCGCUCCAGCCCAGGCAGCUGGGACCACGUGGUGGGGCAGAUUCGAAACCGAGGCUUGGACGUGAGGUCCUUCCUGGAAGGCCGGAUGGUGGUGCUAUCCUUGGUCUUAGGGCUUUCGGAACAGGAUGACUUUGCCAAUAUCCCUGACCUGCAAAACCAAGGAACCCAGCAGAACCAGAACGCUCAGGGGGACAAGAGGUUGCCUGCAGGAGGGAAGGCAGUGGACACAGCACUGGUGCCAGGCCAGACACCCCAUGAUGAGUCUGACCGCAGGACCGAGCCCCGCUCCUCCGUCUCAGACCUUGUGAACUCCCUCACCAGCGAGAUGCUCAUGCUGUCCCCAGGCUCCGAGGAGGAUGAGGCCCAUGAGGGGUGCAGCCGCGAGAACCUGGGCCGGAUCCAGUUCAGCGUGGGCUACAACUUCCAGGAGUCCACACUCACCGUGAAGAUCCUGAAGGCCCAGGAGCUGCCAGCCAAGGACUUCAGUGGCACCAGCGACCCCUUUGUCAAGAUCUACCUGCUGCCUGACAAGAAGCACAAGCUGGAGACCAAGGUGAAGCGGAAGAACCUCAACCCCCACUGGAAUGAGACCUUCCUCUUCGAAGGUUUCCCCUACGAGAAGGUGGUGCAGAGGGUCCUCUACCUCCAGGUCCUGGACUAUGACCGCUUCAGCCGCAAUGACCCCAUCGGGGAGGUGUCCAUCCCCCUCAACAAGGUGGACCUGACACAGAUGCAGACAUUCUGGAAGGACCUGAAGCCAUGCAGCGAUGGGAGUGGGAGCCGGGGGGAGCUGCUCUUGUCUCUCUGCUACAACCCCUCUGCCAACUCCAUCAUCGUGAACAUCAUCAAAGCCCGGAACCUCAAAGCCAUGGACAUCGGGGGCACAUCAGAUCCCUACGUGAAGGUAUGGCUGAUGUACAAGGACAAGCGAGUGGAGAAGAAGAAGACGGUAACCAUGAAGAGAAACCUGAACCCCAUCUUCAAUGAGUCCUUUGCCUUCGACAUCCCCACAGAGAAGCUGCGGGAGACCACCAUUGUCAUCACUGUCAUGGACAAGGACAAGCUGAGCCGCAAUGACGUCAUAGGCAAGAUCUACCUGUCCUGGAAGAGUGGGCCAGGGGAGGUGCGGCACUGGAAGGACAUGAUCGCCCGGCCCCGGCAGCCCGUGGCCCAGUGGCACCAGCUGAAGGCCUGAGCACCCAGAGACGCCCGGGGGUCGGGCCGGCCAUCGCGCUCUCGCCACCUUACGCACACCACCCGGCCUGGCCCCCACUGUGGGUGACGGGGCCGAGGGCUCAGCCAAGGGGUCUCCUGAGCCCAGAGCCGUCCAACAUGUCCCGCCCCACCCCGUGCUCCGAGGGGUGGGCUCCGGAGCCAUCUCCCUGCUUUGCCCGCGCCUUCCUGGCUUGCCAAUGCCGAGCAGCGGAGAGCGCUCACAAGCAGACGGGCACACCCUCCAGAGGCCCGCCAGGUGGGCACGGCCCCCCGUUUUCUUUACGGCGGUGCCUGGAGUGGAGAGAAGCCAGCCCUCCCGGCCCGGGAGGGGUUGCCAAGGCGUUUGGCCCUGGCCUGGCACAGCUGCCCAUCCGCAGGAUGGCUUCAGGUGCCGACUGGGCCCUGAACGCCGAGGAGAGUGCGCAGCCCGGCCCAGCAGCCUGAGCUGGGCCCUGCGUCUUCAUGUUGUGUCACUGUGUGUGCGUGUGUGGGGGGCACUGCUCCUGUCCCUGGUCAGCAGCGCGAGGGGCACAGGAAGCAGGGUUACUGAGGGGCGGGGCUGAGGGGCAGGGAAGGCGCUGCCACCCCCCUGCUGUGCGUCCUCCGCAGCUCCUCCCUGGCAACUUCACCUCUUGGACUCGGUUCACAACUUUUAGGCACCUACUGUGUGCAUAGCGUUCCACCAGGACCCCACUCCUUUCUGCCUCAGAGGUCCCAGCCCCGACAGCUCUUUCCUACUCCCAAGACCUGACUUCCCUGACCUGUGCUCGGCUCCCCGCCUGGCCCACCCCUGCCCCGCCUAGCUGGGGCUCCUGCCUGCCUGUCCUGGUGCAGGGUCUCACGUCUGUCUGGCCUUGCCUGGUCCCUGUGGUGGCCCCUCCUUGCCUCCCGCCCACCUGUGGAUUCUGAGUGGCUGAGGCUCUGGGUGCAGGUUCCCCUGAGAUAGCAUAUGGCAGGACGGACUCAAGCUGGUCCUCUGAUGACAGAGCACCUCGAUGUCCCUAGAACACACCGCCAGGUGGCGCUGGGACACUGCAGGAGGCGGGCACCUGGCAGAGAAGGAACAGAAGGGCGAGAACCCGCCUUCCCGCCCUUUCUCCCCAGGAUCUGAAGGGAGAGCGCCCCAGCAGGUGAAUGUUCGCAGAUUGCAGAAUGUCCAAGAUUAUGUAAAGCAGUUGUCACCACCAUCUUUGCAAACCCAGUUUCCCCAUGUAGCUUUGCGUGGAGCGGGCCUGCCUGGCUGCGGGGCAUACAUGGAGGUCUGCUUUGGCCUUGCAGGACCCUCGGGAGUGAGCGGCCCCAGCCUGCUCCACAGCUCCCAGCAGUCUCAGCAGAGGGCAGAGGCAUGGUUCCCCUCAGGACCCAGGUGCAAGUGCCGGCCUGGGGUCCACUGCCCCCCACCCGGGCUGCUCCAGGAGGCAGAGGGCGGGGGCCUGGCAACAGGAGAGGCAGUCAGCGUGGCAUGGAGUGGGUGGGGCCGCCUAGGGCACCCAGAGGCCAGCGUGGGGGUGUGAGGGUGGGAGAGCACCUCAGCCGGCCUCUGUCCCAGGACCUCGGGCAAGUCACCCACCCUCCCUGCGACUCAGUUUCCCCAUCUUCAAAAUGAUGGUAAUAAUACUUCACCUACCUCAUGGGGGAGGUUGUGAGGUCACCAUCGCCUGGCCUGGAGGUCUAGCGAGGCAGAAGGACCCUGAAGGUGCUACCGGGAGCUAAGUAUUAUUACGGUAGCCUAAGCACUCCGCCUGCCUGCUGUCCCUGCCGUAGGACUCGGAGGCCAGGGCCCCUUUCUUCUCACUGUGUCCCGGGCCCUGUCAUGAGUGUCAUCUGCCUCAUCUGUGGGCACCCUAGACCUAGUCUCGACUUGGCUCAGCUCUCUGUGGACAUCUCCCCACCUGCCCCAGGACUUCCACUGCCCUCUGGCUCCAGAGCCUGGGUUAGGGACAAAGGAAAAAGCCACACAAAAGCCACAGGGCGCCCGCCCCCCCCCCCGGGUGGGGAAUGGUGGCUGCAGUUUGUGUCGUGUUUGAGUCUUUGAGUGCAAGUGUUUUAUAAAAAAUAAGACAAAAACCCACUGUCACAAAAAAGUUUUUGCAGUGAAGAGAAAUGAAGAGAGAAAGCGAAGAAAUGAAAAAAGAACCACACAAAAGUUUUCCACCACACACAUCCUGUAAGCCAGCAGAAUUUCCUCUUUGCAAAAAUCAUAUUUUUGUGGGAAUGGGCCCUGCUGUUCCGGGUGAGGCCUGUUCUGAUUAAUAAAGGAUCGUGAAAAGUA